AUGGGUGUUAGCAGAGCAGCUUUGGGCUUUUUAGGCCUAUUCUUCAUGGCCAGUGCCCUCUUGCUCAUGUUUCUUACUAUUUUGGCGGGUACAAGCAACCAUCUCCCGCUGAACAAGAUAUACUUCAUGCAAGCGGGAACAGGCAAUAUCCCAGGUGCUCCAACCACCUCUCGCUGGACGUUCUGGAAUGUAUGCGCAGUCAAAAAUGGCCUGAAUGAUUGUGGAAAAUCUCACCCUGAUUUCCCCUUUGAUCCUCCGGGAAGCCGCAACUUCGAUACCACCACCAAUGUCCCUAAGCAGUUCAUUGGGACUAAUCACUACUACUUGAUUUCCCGGUUCAUGUUUCCUUUCAUGAUCAUCGGUCUGUUCUUCGCUGCUCUGGCACUCUUCACUGGCCUACUAGCCAUGUGCACCCGCAUUGGCAGCUACAUCUCCGGUUUCCUCUCUUGGCUUGCUCUGGUCUUCCAGGUCAUCACAACCUCUCUCAUGACUGCUGUGUAUGUCCAGGGACGCCACGCCUUCCUCAGUAAUGGUCAAUCUGCAAAGCUAGGUGUCUACGCAUUCGCAUUCAUGUGGACUGCAUGUGCUUUGUUGUUCCUUUCUUCUCUGAUGUACUGCCUUGGUGGUGCUGUCGGUCGAAAAGAUACUGGUGGUGGAUACAGCGGACGGAAAGAACGCCGCCGCGGCUUCUUCUCAGCGCGCUCGAACAGCGUACGUAGCCAGAAGAAUGCAGAGCCACAGCAAACCUACGAAACAGUUGGACCCCAUGGACCCAUUGAAGCCACUCAACCCAUUGGAACCCAUGAGACUAGGGCAACCUAUGUCUAA